AUGUCGCCCAUUGCUCCUGGCCAGCUCCCGGCCGAGCUUGUCAACCUUCUCGCGUUACACUCUUCCUUCCUGACCGCGCUGUCGCUGCACUACGCCCACAAUGGCACUUCAACGCCUGCCGAUCUUCGAGACCUAAUUGCAUCGACGACAUUGGUCUGGCGGCAACGUAAAGUCACGUACGAUGACAUCCGACUCCUCAUCGGCAUCCUCGACCAUGGCCCUUCCGGCAACAACAACCCCUACUACCUAUCAGACUAUGGCCGCGGCAAGGUCUGCAUCGAGAUCAAGGACAGCAGCCCGAUGAUGAACGGCAUGACACACAUGAACGAAGAGGGAUUGCAAGAUAUGUUCAAAGAAGGCCUGGACACGCUAUGGACGCAAUGGUGCACCUCGCAGAAGAUGAUGAGCCGACCAAUUGCGGUGCCCAAGCGUGGACGGGGACGCCCAAAGAAGGCCGAUAUCAAGCAGGCAUGCAUGGACACGUUUCUCGACGAUACUUCCAUGUCCAAAUUCCUGAGCCAGCUUCCUCUCGCCGAAGUCACCACAUGCGAGUCCCUCACCGCACUCGCGCCAGCACAAGAGAAGGGACGCAAGAGGUUGAGGGAGUUCAAGGAGAGUGUGCAGCAAGGCCGUGCACAGAAGAAGACGAGACCCUCUGUCGGAAAGGAGAACGAGACGCCCAUGGGCCAGAACCAACAAGCUCAGCCCGCCCAACCCAAGAUCACCGAAUUUGCUGCCGUCCGCAAGACCAAUCUCCUCGACCGUAUUCUCGCAAAGCAGGAAGCUGCAAAGGCUGGCCCCGCAGCGCCGACACCUGCCGAACUCCAGCGAAAGGCAGCUUUACAACGCACUCCAGAGGUCAUUGGUGUACUCUCCCUACUGUGCGCGAACAGGCCCGGAUCGCGCGUUUCCUUCUCCACAACCACCCUUCUGCAGGCAAUCCAAGGCUCUAUCCGAUCACCAAUUUCGAAAGACGAGGCGAUGAAGUGUGUUGAGGUUUUGGCCAGCGAAGUUGCUCCAGGAUACGUGUCAGUCGUCAGCAUGGGCAGUAUUUCCAGUGUUGUCAUCAACCAGACGAUGAGGCCCACGGACAUCAAGAGCAGGCUUAUCGCGCUGGGCGCAUGA